AUGAAUCCAGCCACUGGAAUGGCCGUCCUAUCAACGACUGAAGGCGCGCCGGAUAACAAUCAGAUAUGCUAUCCCCAAUCGAUCCCUCAGCUCCGGGCUGGGAGUCAUAGACGAAGCAUAUGGGUAAUUGUCCAAUUACCUACAGAGACGAAACUUGACUCACCAUUUUUGAUGGAACGAUUUAAUUUGUGUGUGGAACUGGGAACGGAUUGCAAUGCCGUUGGUUCGGCAACAUGGGAAUGUCUUGGUCAUCAUGUUGUAUUCUCCAUCUACGGUCCUGAUGAGGCUAAAGCCACAGAAGAGCUAACACAUCGUGCUUGCAUCAACAUGACUGUCACUCCACCAUCUGGACAGCACACGUUAUACGAGACAGAACUUGAGUCAUUCCUAAUAAAUGUACUCGAGCGAGUGAUUGAUGUGAAAGAAUUUCCGCGAACCAAGCUCUCUGGACGUUUGUGUAUCGUUUCCGGUGACGCAUCUAAUCCACAUACAGUUGCCGCUGCAUUAAACGCCAUAUCGUUGGCUUUGUUGCAAUCUGGAUUGCCUUUACGGGCCACGAUAGCGACCGUAUGCGUACCAGUUGGCUCAGGUGCAAUGGCCUUGGCGAUCGACGUUAGCCAUAUCUUUCUGCGUCGGUUAGAUCAACCCCCAAAGCACGUUGAUGUCGACAACGUCUUUGCUGUGUAUACUGGUCAGUUGAUGUCGCCAUCCAAAAUCGCGGCUACAGAGUCUACAAAACCCCCGGCGCUUACCCCAACGGACUUGUUGCGGCUACUUGACCCCGAUCCAAAUGUGCCAACAGACCGAGGUUCAGCAAUUUCUUUAUAUCAUGAACAAGCACUUGACUUGGUCAAUGUGAUGAUCACUCAGUUGUCCGCGACAAAAGUUAAAUAG